CCAGUAAAACCAAACAUCACUGCACGGUCAGAUGUGUAUAAAGGAGACACUGUCAACAUGUAUUGUGAAGUACCACAUAUUUUUAAAGCAAACAAGGCCUUUUUUUAUAAAGAAGAUGAAUUAAUCUAUACUUCCAUUGCUGAAGAGCUUAAGAACACUUCAUCUUUUAUUUAUACAAUCAUCAAUGCUAAUAGUUCAAAUGAAGGAAAUUACACAUGCCGGUAUGAAACAGCAAUAAGUAGUCGAAUUCUGAACUCUACAAGUAGUGAACCAUUGUUUUUCAGAGUACAAGAACGUUCCUACUUGAUGUUGAUCGUUGGAGCUUGUAUUGGUACUGGCAUCAUUGUCCUAAUAAUUGUAGCAAUAAUAAUCAUCAUAUUGUGCAGAAAAGCUCGAAAGUCAGAAAAUGCACCCGGACAAAUCAAAACACUUCCUUCAGCAAAAGAGUCUUCCUCAGAAUGGCAAAGGAAUGGAGCUCCAGAUUCAGAGGAAAUAACAUAUGCAGUUAUGACAAAACCAAAAAAAGUUAAGCCACAUAAAGGUGUUGCUCUACCAUCCAAAGGUCCAUCUGAGUCUAAUCUGCCAUCUUCAGAUACAAACGAUUCUGAUGGACAGCUGACUUAUGCAGCUAUUGCUCUCAAAUCAUUGAAACGAAAAGGUCCAAAACCUCAAAAAGAAGAAAAUGACUGUGUGUUGUAUUCAGAACUGAAACGUUAACACAUCCAGCAUAUUGUCUUUAUUUUAUAUGUUUAAAACUGUAAAAUAUUUAUCAAAAAUGCAUUGCUUACACUGCAGACUGUGUAUUUACAAGUUUUAUAAAAUAUUUUGUUAAAUAUAUCUAACUUUUGGAAAUGUUUUUGAAAUGAAUUUUGCUUUUAUAGGUUUUUAGUUGUUUACUAGGCUAAUGACCACAAGGGCCUUUUUAAGCCUAGCCAUGUAUCUCAAAUCUCUGACA